AUGGCGCUUUCUUCCUCACAGAUCAUCUUUUUCUGUGCUGUCGGCAUCAUUUUGCUGGCAAGACCUGCUCACGCUUUUGGUGCGGGCAAUAUCGGAUCCACAUCGAAAAUUGAGGGGCAAAACUGGCGACACGGUGAUCUUGAAGACACCUUGCUGACCAUUGUGGCCUCUCGCGCCAUGGGCGGCAAGAAGUUCAGCAAGCUUGAUGUGAAGAGAGUUUAUUUCGGUAAUUGGCUGCGCGAUUACAGUCAGGCAGUCGAUGUCGGCACUGUCAAAUAUGUUAGCGCAGAAGCCAUCCGUAUCUUGCUUUGGGUAUUGGGAUUCAUGUCCUUCGGAUAUGGCUCGGGCGAGUUCGAAGUCACAAGUCAGAGGCUAGGGUGUUACCGACCUGAGGAACAUAUCGACAACCCUAAGGAUUAUGCGGACAACGAAGACGCCAGGCGGUACGAUCGUCGCCUUCGCGGUCCCGUUGACGAACGCCGGGAGCUCUCUGUCAAUCCACAGACCGGGUUGAAGAAUUACAUUGCUUCUGAAGGCAUGGGAAUUGAGACAUCUGCUGGCCUCGUGAGGAGACUCUUCGGUAGGAGCAUCGAACUCGGUCGACAAUAUUCACGAAGCAAGAAUAAGAAGGAUCUCUACGAAGCACUCCGCCUGCUCGGCACCGGAUCUCACUGCUUGGAAGAUUACGCGGCGCACUCCAACUAUGUCGAACUUGCUCUGAUCGAAAUGGGUGAACGUGAUGUCUUUCCUCAUGUCGGCCGCCGCACUGCUAUUCAACUCCGCGAGGCACGUCACCCAGUCUACCCAAUUGUCACGGGUACAUUUGGCGGCGUCGACUUCCUCCAUUCCGUUUGUGGCGAGUUCGACGACAAGACAACGCAAUCCGAAAUCCAAGAACUGGACAACACCUUGCAGCAGUACCAAAACGGCAACCAGGACAACAGCAUUCUGCAAGAUCUCCUCAAUAAAUUGCCUUCGGGAGUGUUCGGUGGAAAAGACCAGGCGGGAAAAGCAAAUGAAUUGAAACAAAAUGCUCUGAACCAUCAAAUGCAGAACGCCAGUAUCACACCUCGUCAACCGGAGCAAUGGACCCGCUACCUUGACGACGUACAGAAGCAAAUCUACCCGAUCAUCGAAUGGCACGACGAAAUCAUGCAAUCUAUCACCGAAACGAUUGAAAAGAUCCCAAUCCUGCCUGACCUGAUUGAGCAAAUCCAAGACGAGAUCAAUAAAUUUGUGUUCAGCCUCCUAGCUCCUUUCCUCAUACCUAUCAUCAAUCAAGUCAAGACCGAGCUCAACACAGGCUCCAACGAGAUCAUCCAAUCCAGCGUUGCUCAGCAACACAUUGUCUUCAACGACGACAAUUCCUCGGACCCAACCCACUCUAUGCUCUCAAAAGACCACUUCUCCAACGUUCUCAACGAACCCGCGGGAAAAGUGGCCCGUCAAACAGUGAAAUGGGUGGUCCCACAGAUUGUCGCCUGCUGGGACGAUGAGGGAAUCGAUGUCGAACGCACCCUGAACCGCAUCAUCCACGGCGUCCUUCAUCACCCUGCCUUGCGUGACUACGGGCAAGAUGGCGCUAGCGACGGGCGUCGUCUCAUGUUCGGCGUCGUUGAGGAAUGGUGGCGCGGCAAAUCCGCCUCUGAAAAGGAUGGGUUACGUGAACAACUCAGCCGACGCGGCGUCGAGACGGGCAGAAACCACAAACCGGGGGUUAAGGACCACGGACACGGAAACAACCGUCCUCUCGGCAUGGCUAAUCUCAACUUCAACACAAACCAGCCGUCCGGUAUUGCGGGUGGUGCUCUCGGUGCCAUCAGUUCUGUCUUGGGUGGAGAUCAGAGCGGUGGUGGCCGACCACCUAAUGCUUCCAGGACAAGCGACCAGCUGGGCAAGAUGGCCGGCGCAGCAGUGGGUGGGGGCGUCCUGGGCUCUCUGGUAGGCGGCAUCACGAGUCAAAUCGGCGGCGAUAUCCUCGGCGGCGGACUCAACCAGGGUCAAGAAACCUAUAAGCGUGACUCCUACAGCCGCCAAGACGGGUCCCGUACGGAGACUGUGAUGCAGCUCGGCCACUCGCCUUCAGGAGAUAGGUACGGUCAAGCACAGUACUCGAGGACCACCGAGCCCAGCGGUGAGAGACGGUAUGAGGAAUAUAAUCGGUUUGAGCAGCGCGAGACCGUAGGUGGAGGGUGGCAGAGUGAGAUUCAUCAUCAAGAGCGGACCAGCGAGGGAAGAUAUCAGGAGGAAACGAGACGCUACGGCGACAAUGAUGAUGAUACCCCCUACGGCGAACGUCGUCCAGAGCAUCAUCGUCAUGGAUCUCACCACCGACACGGACAUGACGAUGAUGACGAUGACCGCAAUCGCUACGAGCAGCGCCGUAACCGUGACGAGGAGCCAUACUCUGCCGACAGCUACGGCAGCAGCGGCAGACGCCAGCAGUACGAACCGCAAAGCUCUGGGUACGGCGGCGGCUCGGAGGACUACGGGCGCCGCGAGGAACGCGAAUAUGGUCGACGAACUGAUGAUGACAGUAAUGAGUACAGGUCAGGAUACGGACGCCAGGAGCAGCGCCGCGAAGAGUAUUCCUCCGACGGCGGAGAUGGGUAUGGUCGGCGGCAAGAAGAAUCGAGGUACGAGUCCAGCGGAAGCGGCUUCGGAGGAGGCUACGGCCGGCGUGAAGAAGAGCUUUCAGGCUAUGGUGGCGGCGGAUAUGGUCAUCAACAACAAGAGGAAUCUUCCUACGACGUCCCCGGCGGCUUCGGCAGUUCUCGACAAGACGAAUAUUCGUCCUACAGUGGUGGCGGUCGCGGCGAUGAAUACGGCGGUGGAGGUGGAGACGAUGGCGGCUACGGAGGGCGACGAGACGAGUACGGCGAGAGUGAAGGCUAUGGUGGCGAAGGUCGGCGCCGAUACGGUGAUGAUGGAGGCGACAACGACGGAUACGGAGGUGGAUACGGCAGCUCGCGAUACUGA